AUGGCGGCGCAGGAGGUGCGUUGGGAGGCAGGGCAUGCAGGUGGGCUGGGAAUGGCUGAGGGCAGCACAGACUACAGCAGCGCGUGCAACGGCACACUCGGCGUUUUGCAAUUCAAAGUUGCUGGGCAAGCCCAAACAGGGAGUGGGGAAGUGGGUGGGCUGGGCCAGAUAGGGGCCCGGCGAGGAUCGCCCCCGUUAGGGAAUCUCCAGUGCAUGUGGGCAUGGACCGUGGGGUUGCGCCAUGGCAAGCCACAGCCAUUAGCGUGCAGUGUGGGCUUGUGUGCAACGCAUGUGAAUGGGCGGCUGCUGAUGCCAAUGGAGAUGCUGGGCCUCCCCUUGUAA